ACCAAUCACCGGCCGCGAGCGUCACCCCGGAAAAUAUAACCCCCGGGGCCUCAUCUGCAAGCCUGUGGACACCCUGCGCUGCAGCCGAACGACCGAGCUACCGAGCUAAUCCAGCCAUGGCCUCCACCGCGCUCUCCACCGCCUCCAACCCUACUCAGCUGUGCAGGUCUCGCGCCUCGCUGGGCAAGCCCGUCAAGGGCCUGGGCUUCGGCCGGGAGCGCGUGCCGAGGACGGCGACGACCAUCACAUGCCAGGCCGCGAGCAGCAUCCCGGCCGACCGCGUCCCGGACAUGGGCAAGCGCCAGCUGAUGAACCUCCUCCUGCUCGGCGCCAUCUCGCUCCCCACCGUCGGCAUGCUCGUCCCCUACGGCGCCUUCUUCAUCCCCGCCGGGUCCGGGAACGCCGGCGGCGGGCAGGUCGCCAAGGACAAGCUCGGCAACGACGUGCUCGCCGAGGAGUGGCUCAAGACACACGGCCCCAACGACCGCACCCUCACCCAGGGGCUCAAGGGUGACCCGACGUACCUCGUCGUGGAGGCCGACAAGACGCUGGCCACGUACGGGAUCAACGCCGUGUGCACGCACCUUGGGUGCGUCGUGCCGUGGAACGCCGCCGAGAACAAGUUCAUCUGCCCCUGCCACGGCUCGCAGUACAACAACCAGGGCAGGGUCGUCCGUGGACCUGCUCCCCUGUCGCUGGCAUUGGUGCACGCCGACGUCGACGACGGCAAGGUUCUCUUCGUGCCGUGGGUGGAGACCGACUUCAGGACCGGCGACAACCCGUGGUGGGCGUAAGCUAUAACAACAUGAUCCAUAUCAUCAUCAGCAGCAAAGUUCACUUGUGUGAUCAGCUUGUAGCUAUAAGUCCGCUGUAUCUGAGAAACGCUGCUGUAAAUCCAUCUUCACUUUGUUUUUCCAAAUUAUAUGUACACACACUGUCACACUGUAUGAAAGAGCAUAAAACCCUUUUCACUGCAUAAGUAACCCUUUUUGAGGGUUAUGAAUCUGUGAGAUGGAUACUCUUUUAUAGCAGAUCAUACCUUAGAUGUCUUCCUGAAUAUGGGCAUUUCUGCAUCUGCACUACACUCUGAAACUGAAAGACUGAAGAAUUCAGGGCAUAAGAUAGCAUAUAUAGAGAAUUGUUUCAGAGCAA